ACGCGCCCUCAGUGAGGACCGAGCGCGAACGCAGAACAAGACGCGCCCGUGGCACUGAGUUGCGGCCCCAGCAGCUCCACGGGGGCUUUCUUUUCCAGCUCUAACGGGGUGUUAGACGAGGGCGAGCGGUACUAGGUUAAGCCAGGCGGCUCCCAUCAGGCAAAAACGGCGAGGUAUAGCGAGAAGCGAGCUGGUCUGUGCCGCGCAUGCGCAGAAAGUCGGCCAUCUUGGCUCGCGAACUACGGCAACCACAAGAUGUCAAAAUAGACUUUUUAUGCCUCCGCGGUAUUUUAACAAGGUGGGCUCCGUCGUGUAGUUUCGCGUCACUUGGUGUGGAAUGCAUCUUUCCAAGAAAUGUUCUGCCUUCCGCGUGGUGCUGAGCGCUCUGCUGCUGGUGGCGCUGCUGCAGUUCCUCUACUUGUCCUUCCUGACCAAGUUCCAGAGCAAACAGCAGCAGCAGCAGCAGCGUUACCGCUACCCGGAGCCCUUGGGGGGCUCCGGCCCCGGGAGCGAGGCGCACUCCGAGAAGAAUUCGCGCAAGGAGCGCCUAAGAUAUUCCCUUUCGAGCGGCGGGAUCUUUGACCGGAGCGGACAGUACCGCGUGUACAAGAACUUGAUCCAAAGCGAUCUCGCGAGCAAGCCGGCCACGAACGUCCUCACGCUGGUCACCCACACGAGCAUGAACAACCUUCACCACCUGCAGGAUCUCGUGGAGAGGUGGCGGAACCCGCUUUCGGUGGCGAUCUUUGCGCACGGCCAGGACGUCAAGUCGGCCACGGCGCUGGUGUACGCGCUCGGCGCCCUGUGCCCCCCCGUGCAGGCCCUGGUGGACUUCCACCUGGUGUGUCUCUCGGGGGAGACGGCCAGCUUCCCCGAAGACGACCACCGGCACUUUGCCGGCCUGGACGACUGCGCCGCCGUCUUCUCCCGGCUGGAAGCUCUCAAGGACAGGUACAGGAACUACGCCAUGGGCGCAGACGUCCCCUACCCGAAUAACCUCCUCCGGAACGUGGCCCGAGGAGGCGCCGAGUCCCCUUACAUCCUCGUCAUCGACAUCGACAUGAUGCCCGCCGCCGAUCUGCACCAGCAGUUCGCGGCGAUGCUCGCCGGGCGCCGGCUUGCCCCGGACCAGGUGUUCGUCCUGCCCGCCUUCGAGAUCCGCCACACCAGGAAGAUCCCGGCCAGCAAGGCCGAGCUGGUGCAGCUCUACCAGGUGGGCGAAGUGCGCCCGUUCUACGAGGAGCUGUGCCCUCGUUGUCAAGCUCCCACCAACUACUCGCGGUGGGUCAACAGCCACCUCCGCGACACCUCCGGCGGCCUGCAAGUGGCCUACACGCUGACCUGGGUCGACCCGUGGGAGCCUUUCUACAUCGGAGCGCGCAAUGUGCCCCUCUACGACGAGAACUUCAAACAGUACGGCUUCAAUCGCAUCAGCCAGGCCUGCGAGCUCCACGUGGCCGGCUACGAGUUCUCCGUGCUGAGUUCGGCCUUCCUGGUCCACCGCGGCUUCAAGAUCCAGGGCGAGUUCCACGCGAAGAAAGACGAGGAGAACCGCCGCAACCGGCUCCUGUUCCGCACCUUUAAAGAGGCUCUGAAGAGCAAAUAUCCGAGCUCGAGCAGACGAUGCUAAAAUGGACAUAUCUCGACAGAUGUGUCUAUAUCGAUCUGUCGAUCUCUCUGGGGUCGUGUGGGGGUUGAGGGGGCAUUUUUUGGGCGUCCUGCACCGCGACGUCCUCUUCAUUGAGCAAGAGGAGCCGCUCGGGCAGUGAUGUCCGUCAGUGGCCACUAGAUGGCAACAGACACUCGCGAGACCUUCCUGACUACUGCAAGUCGACACUGGACUGAGGCAUUUUUAUGCUUGUGUUGUAUUUCUAUUUAUGGUCAAAUGGCACAUCCCUCGCUCACCAACUCGUCGGCGGAGAAUAGUCCUGGACUUUUAUCGAUUUUAACUUUUGUAUUGUUGCACAUUUUAGAGCAGCUCGACUGCUUUCUUUGCGACACGAAUGACGUCGCCACCGCCAACGGCGUCAAGUGGCGUCUUUAGCCAUCCGUCCAGCUAGCUAGUUAGCGACACCAAGUACAGAAACAAUCGGUUCACACACAACGAGUAACGUCGGAUUUUGUUCUGGCGAUUUGGGGGUGGGGGUGGGGGGGGGGUGUUAUGCGACUACAGAAACAUGACAAAUAUGAUUUUGUUAAAUGAGCAACAGGAGGUUUGGUGUCAUUUUCAGGUCGGCUCAAUUCCAACUGGGAAUGACAAACAUCUUGAAGAAGGCACGUUUAGUGUCAAAACUGCUUGUUGUCAAGUUCGACGCCACCUUAGCCAGCACUCGCAACGAAUAUUUCACUCCCAACGCAACUCGAGACAGAUUAAGACAUGAUUUGUCUCUUGGGAAAAACUCGUGAAAUCGGCGAACCAGCAAGGAGCAGGCCACACAUCUUGUCAUCAUUUUAUGUUCGCUGCGUGGACGCGGUUUACGCUCACCGGUAAGUCUAACCUCUGCUUCAUUUCACUCGGUUGGUAGGCUUUGUUUACCGUAACACGGUGUACAUUUUCUCUAUUAUUUAUUUCUAUUGUGUUUUGAUCAUUUGUCAAGUGAGAAAGUCGGAAAGUAAAGUGUUUGUUUCGCCGCCAAAUGAUUUCCCGCUUUGCGCCGGUUUAUGCCACACAGCUGCCACUAGGUGGCAGACUAUUCACUCGGUCAAGGAAAAUGAAUGAAUGACGAGGUGGAUGAAUGCAAAUAAAGAAUAAAACUGCGUUGGAAAAGAAUAACAACAACAAACACCCCCUGCCCCC